AUGAUUCUCUUUAAUGUCACAGUUUUCUACAUGUUGUGUUUUGGAAUCUGUUUGAUGAUAACAGUCUUGCAGCUGGCUCAAUUACCCAAUAUUAAGGUUGCGACUGUACUCCUCUCUUCUGCUUUUGCCUACGACAUCUUUUGGGUGUUCAUAUCUCCGUUGAUAUUCCAUGAAAGUGUCAUGAUUGCAACUGGGGCUAUGGAUGUGUCAGAGUCAGGACGUGAAUAUGGGGCUAAAAACACUGACGACACCCCUGUGACGGGCACUUCUCAGAAAACUCGAGGGGGUGCUGAAUCUCGAUUUCGGAAAAGAAGCAAAUAUUUAUCUUACCCCUACACAAAUAGUGAACCAAGACUUAAAAGUUUUCCAGCUGAAACAGAAGAAUCAAAGACUCCAAGUCCCACCCCUAAAGCAAAAGCUUCAAGCAGAACCAUCCAAAAUUCAUCGGUGCAUCUUCCAGUGACUUACUUUCAGGAGCAAUGUAUCAAUGAAGAUGUUGAAAAGGACGAUAUAAAUGAUGAAAUUCAAGAGGACGACAUAAAUGAUAAAAUUCAAGAGGACGACCUAAAUGAUAAAAUUCAAGAGGACGACGUAGAUGACGAAUUUCAAGAGGACGACAUAGAUCUAGAUGAUGAAUUUCAAGAGGAGGAUAUAGAUGGUGAAUUUCAAGAGGACGACGUAGAUGAAGAAUUUAUGGAGGAUGACAUAUCUAACGAAUUUCAAGAGGACGAUCUGGAUGCUUUAAUCCUAGAAGACAAACUUGAAUGA